AUGCAGUGCACUAACUGCAACAGAAGGGGGCAUACUGUCCGUUUCUGCAAGACUCUAGCAAGGCCGAGCGCUCAAGUUCCUAACACCGGUGUGGGCCAAGCUUGCUACGGUUGUGGCGAAGUGGGCCACUAUAAGAGGAACUGCCCUAAGGCAGGGAUAGCUGGCGGAGUAGGAAGAGUUCUGGCCAUAGGCCACGAGGAAGCGGUUGAUGACCCCAUAGUGGUCACUUGUACGUUUCUCCUCGAUAACUCUUAUGCAUGCAUACUUUUCGACAGUGGAGCGGAGAAAAGCUUCGUAAACCAGAAAUUUGCACACUUGCUUAAACAAAAACCACGUGCACUAGAUGAAUCAUUCACUGUAGGAAUGGCAAACGGGAAAACGGAAAGUACUAACUGCAUAUACGUAGGUUGUACUCUAACUUUAGAUGGUCAUACUUUCAAAAUAGACCUCAUGCCGGUCCCAAUUAAAAGUUUCGACGUCAUAAUCGGCAUGGAUUGGUUAAGUUAUCAUCGCGCCGACAUCAUGUGCUUUGAGAAAGCAGUUCGUCUUAACCUCCCUAACAGCGAAACCCUAGUUAUCUACGGCGACAAACCUAGUACGAACCUUCGCAUCAUUUCGUGUAUCCAAGCUCAAAAGUGCUUGCGAAAGGAAUAUCAUGCAUUCCUCACACACAUCGUCGAUACGAGUCAAGAAGUGAAAGACAUUCAGAACAUCUCAGAAGUACGCGACUUUCCCGACAUCUUUCCAGAAGAACUACCGGGAUUACCACCUCAACGCCAAGUCGAGUUCAAAAUCGACUUAGUGCCAGGGGCUACUCCAGUAGCCAAAUCUCCAUAUCGUCUGGCACCGGCGGAGAUGCAGGAACUUUCCAGUAAGCUUAACGAACUUCUCAAGAAGGGAUUCAUUAGGCCAAGCUUCUCACCAUGGGGAGCACCCGUCUUGUUCGUCAAGAAGAAAGACGGAUCGUUUCGUAUGUGCAUCGACUACAGGGAACUCAACAAGCUUACCAUUAAGAAUCGUUAUCCCUUACCCCGCAUUGACGAUUUAUUUGAUCAACUUCAAGGAGCCAACUACUUCUCGAAGAUAGAUCUACGAUCCGGGUACCACCAACUACGAGUGUUAGAGGAGGAUGUUCCCAAGACAGCCUUCCGAACUCGUUAUGGACACUACGAGUUUGUAGUGAUGCCGUUCGGAUUAACAAACGCGCCCGCAGUAUUCAUGGAUUUAAUGAAUAGGGUGUGUCGUCCUUACUUGGAUCAGUUCGUCAUUGUCUUCAUCGAUGACAUACUCAUCUACUCUCGAAGUAAGGAGGAACAUAGUCAACACCUACGAAGAGUCUUAGAAACAUUACGAUCGGAGAAGCUCUAUGCGAAGUUCUCUAAGUGCGAAUUUUGGAUUCGAAGAGUCAAAUUCUUGGGCCACGUAGUUAGUGAAGAGGGAAUUCACGUGGACCCCUCCAAAAUCAAGGCCAUUGAGAACUGGUUUAUUCAGAACUUCUCCCGAAUUGCGAAACCUCUUACAACACUGACCCAGAAGGGCGUGGCCUUUGACUGGGAAGAAAAGCAGGAGAGAGCGUUCCAAACGCUCAAGCGAGCCUUGUGCACCGCACCAAUACUAUCCCUCCCCGAAGGGAUAGAAGACUUCGUUGUCUAUUGUGAUGCUUCAAAUCAAGGGCUCGGCUGUGUUUUGAUGCAACGAGGUAAGGUCAUCGCAUAUGCCUUGAGACAGCUGAAGACACACGAGGUUAACUACACCACCCACGAUCUUGAACUAGGAGCAGUUGUGUUUGCUCUGAAGAUCUGUAGACACUAA